ACAACGUGAGGUGAAGAAAGCUUGGACUGCGCUGGUUCUGCUCUGUCCGGGUCGGAGAUGAACUGACCCGGGAGAGUAGCACAGGGAUGUUUCUUUCGGCCGACGGUGAGGACUCACCUGCACGUUUUGCGAAGAGGCCCACAGUCCUUUGCGUGGCGCCCGGACUACAUUUCCCAAAGGCCCCUGCGCGGCCUGCGGCUCUUCCUUGCGGUGUUGCGCCUGCGCAGCCGGCGGGCUGGUGCCUUGCCUUCCCAAGACACUGCUCUUCAAGAGAAAGACCAGAAGAGAAGGCAAAAAUGAAUGUUGAAGUAGUAAAAGUCAUGCCCCAGGACUUAGUGACAUUCAAGGAUGUGGCAAUAGAUUUUUCCCAGGAAGAAUGGCAAUGGAUGAACCCUGCUCAGAAGCAUUUAUACAGGAGUAUGAUGUUGGAGAACUAUCAGAGCCUGGUAUCACUUGGUCUUUGCAUUUCUAAGCCAUGUGUGAUCUCCUUAUUGGAGCAAGGGAGAGAGCCUUGGGAGAUGACAAGUGAGAUGACAAGAAGCCCCUUCUCAGAUUGGGAAUCUAUAUAUGAGACACAGGAAUUACCUCUGAAGCAGUUCAUGUAUGAUGAUGCAUGCAUGGAGGGAAUUACAAGCUAUGGACUUGAGUGUUCCACUUUUGAAGAAAACUGGAAAUGGGAAGACCUUUUUGAGAAGCAGAUGGGAAGUCACAAUAUUUUUAGCAAGAAAGAAACAAUCACUCAUAAAGAAACCCUCACUAAGGAAACAGAAUUCAAAUAUACUAAAUUUGGGAAAUGUAUCCAUCUGGAAAACAUAGAAGAGAAUAUUUAUAAUCACACAUCAGAUAAAAAAAGCUUCUCCAAAAAUUCUAUGGUAAUAAAACACAAGAAAGUCUAUGUAGGAAAGAAGCUUUUUAAAUGUAAUGAAUGUGACAAAACCUUCACCCAUAGCUCAUCCCUUACUGUUCAUUUUAGAAUUCAUACUGGUGAAAAACCAUAUGAAUGUGAGGAAUGUGGAAAAGCCUUCAAGCAAAGGCAACACCUUGCUCAACAUCACAGAACACAUACUGGAGAGAAACUCUUUGAAUGUAAAGAAUGUAGGAAAGCCUUCAAACAAAGUGAACACCUUAUUCAACAUCAAAGAAUUCAUACUGGAGAAAAGCCAUAUAAAUGUAAGGAAUGUAGAAAAGCCUUCAGACAGCCUGCACACCUUGCUCAGCAUCAGAGAAUUCAUACUGGAGAGAAACCCUAUGAAUGUAAAGAAUGUGGCAAAGCCUUCAGUGAUGGCUCAUCUUUUGCUCGCCAUCAGAGAUGUCACACUGGGAAAAGACCCUAUGAAUGUAUUGAGUGUGGGAAGGCUUUUAGGUAUAACACAUCUUUUAUUCGUCACUGGAGGAGUUAUCAUACUGGAGAGAAGCCUUUUAAUUGCAUUGAUUGUGGGAAAGCUUUCAGUGUUCACAUAGGACUUAUUCUGCAUAGGCGAAUUCAUACAGGAGAGAAACCUUACAAAUGUGAUGUGUGUGGAAAAACCUUCAGCUCUGGUUCAUCCCGUACUGUACAUCAGAGAAUUCACACAGGAGAGAAACCUUAUGAAUGUGAUAUAUGUGGGAAAGAUUUUAGCCAUCAUGCAUCACUCACUCAGCAUCAAAGAGUACAUUCUGGAGAGAAACCUUAUGAAUGUGAUAUAUGUGGGAAAGAUUUUAGCCAUCAUGCAUCACUCACUCAGCAUCAAAGAGUACAUUCUGGAGAGAAACCUUAUGAAUGCAAGGAAUGUGGGAAAGCCUUUAGGCAGAAUGUACACCUUGUUAGUCAUUUGAGAAUUCAUACUGGUGAAAAACCCUAUGAAUGUAAAGAAUGUGGAAAAGCUUUUAGAAUCAGUUCGCAGCUGGCUACUCAUCAGAGAAUUCAUACUGGAGAGAAGCCUUAUGAAUGUAUUGAAUGUGGAAAUGCUUUCAAACAGAGAUCACACCUUGCCCAACAUCAGAAAACUCAUACAGGAGAGAAACCUUAUGAGUGUAAUGAAUGCGGGAAAGCCUUCAGCCAAACUUCCAAUCUUACUCAACAUCAAAGAAUUCAUACUGGAGAGAAACCCUAUAAAUGUACUGAAUGUGGAAAGGCUUUUAGUGAUAGCUCAUCCUGUGCUCAACAUCAAAGACUCCACACUGGCCAAAGGCCCUAUCAGUGUUUUGAAUGUGGGAAGGCAUUCAGAAGAAAGUUAUCCUUAAUUUAUCAUCAAAGAGGUCAUACUGGAGAAGAACCUUAAGAAUGUAGUGCAUGUGGCCAAGCCUUUAGUUAUCAUCAAUCCCUUACUGUUAAUCAGCGAUGUCUCACUGGUUGAAAACAUAAACGUAAGAAAUGUAGAAAAACCUUCAGCCAGAGGCUGGCAAGAUGGCUGAAUAGGAACAGCUCUGGUCUGCAGUUCCCAAUGAGAGCAACACAGAAGCUCUGCCUUCCAGGGACACUGCUCUUCCCAAGGAGAGAAACCAGAAGCUGGAGGCUGCGGGGACAGGAAUUGAACCUAAAGCCAUGCCCCAGAAACACUUUGCUGACACCUGAAGUGGAGGUUAAGAGCAUGGACUGUGGAGUCAGACUCCUGGGUUCAAAACCCAGCUCUACAGUUGACUGACUGUGAUCCUGGGCAUGUUACAGCUCAGUAUUUCCUCAUCUGUAAAAUGGGAAUAGUAAUAGUACUGACUAUUAGGAUCAAUGUGAGGAUUAAAUAAGCUAAUAUAUAAGUAUAUGGAAUAGUGUCUGAAGUGUUGUAAGUGCUUUCAGCUAUUGUUAUUGCUGUUAUUUAUAGUAAAAGACAUUUUUAAAACAAAAGUCAUUGAUUCUGUACAUAAAGAGCUGUCCGAAAAAAACAGAAAAUGUCUUAGGAGGAUGUAUGUAUGUUGCUAAAGUUGGGUCCCCGUACAUGAUUAAAUUGAAGGCAUUUAACAAACCACUGAUACAAAAGCAGAUCACUAAUGCAUAAACAGGAUCAACCUGGGAAACUAGGGUUGAUUCUUCUUGGCAAGCAAAUAAGUUCCUCUUCUUUUAUGCCAAGAUGCUUCAACUUGCAAAAUUAUUGCUGAGAGCUGACCAGCAUUUGUUUUAGACUAGCUUGCUCAGGUAGCCAUAUUAGUGUGUCUUUUGCUCAAGGACAUUAAGCAGUUCUUGGCUGUUUCCUGCAAGUAUUACCUCGUGGUUUACACUGCAGGGGGCCUUUCAGUCCCCAGCUUAGGAGAUUUCUCCAUCAUGAGUUUACCAUCGAGAGUGUAGCUCUGCAGUUGACUGAUUCCACUGCCUCUGCAGUUGAUCUUCACUCAAAUCGGGAUAUCACUUACAAAACCUUUUUGACCUAUCUUUACACAAUUCAGUUAAAAAUGUCCUUAAAGUUUGGUAGCAGGUUAAAGAACAUGUGAUUGUAUAUUAUUCAGCAGAAAUUCAAACCUCAAAGGGACUUUUGUUUCUAGGAGAAUAAUGUGAAUCUUUAAAAGGUUCAGCUUUUGGUUGGUGUUGUGGUUUGUUAAGUGAGGUAUUUAAAUUAGGUUUUGUGUAGUCAGAUGCAGCAUGGUGAGGGACAGUCAGAGCAGAAUGGCAAAAAGAUUAUUUAUUACUCGCAGAUUCCAGAGAACGGUGACCAGCACACCUUGCAGGGCUUACUGGAAGGGCCCAGAGACAUUCAAGACACACAUGCCCAGCCAAAGGGUGGGGACCAAGAGGGAGGGAGGGACCUGUGGGCUGGAGCUUUUAUUGGGGUCCAGGGCAUCAUCUAGGUGUGUUUUCCAAGACAGGGUUGGCUUGGAUACUUUGAAGGGAGCUCAAGGCUCAGUAAGGGAACUUGAAGUUUACAUUAUCAGGUUCACCAGGCUUCAUGCAGACGUACAGUGGUCAGUUCAUAGUAUGGGGCCUUUUCUAUCUAGAACAUACAAAUGGGGACUGGGCGAGGACUGCCUGAAAACAUACAGGUCAAGGGUGACAAGCAGAGGGAGCAUCCCUAUGAAUGAGAGUUAUGACAGUCAGCAUCAUCAUAACUCAUGUUCACUGCAUGCUUCCAUUGUGCCUUGCACGUUCUAAGUGCUGUGUAUGUAUUGCCUCAUUUAAUCCAAAACGUAAUCUAUAAGGUUAGUAUUGUUGCCUUUUCCAUUUUAUAGCUGGGGAACUGAGGCACAGAGGCAUUAGGUAACCAAGUGAGGUUUCGUAAUUCAGCUUUUGGGGUAAUCCAACUGUUUUUCAUGUUCAUUUAAGUUUAGACUUGGAAAAUCUCACAGCUGCUAGUCAUUUAAAUCUGCCUUCUGUUAGCCACAGGUUCCUGGGAUUAGAGUUGCAACUGAAUAAAUGUUUAAAAUACAUUGGAACGUAUCAGAGUUGUAGGCUGAAACUGUAAAACUACGCUGCAUAAAAAUCUGCCAGCAGGAGCUGAGCAGCCCAUCUUGCCCGUCGGUCAGGAAAAUCCUGCUCAUGCUGAGCUGUUAGCAAACGUGCUCCUGAUAGCUCCUCGUAAUGCCUAGCUUCUCCAACACGGCACCUUGGUUCUUAAAAGCAUUUCAUUAAUUUAAAACAUUAUAGUGUUUUUCAUUCUUAUUACAUAUUCAUUUUAGAAAAAGAAUAUUGCUAGAUUUUUUUAAAUGAACCUCUACUGAACACUAACAGUAAAAAUAGAAAUUCUUAGAACCCAGUUUAGUCAUGAAUAAUAUUGAUGCUUUGAGGUUCAUCUCAAGUUUACUGCCCCAUUCUUAUGCUGCUUCAGGCCACUCAAAUGUCCCCAUGCUGGACAGUGCUGUAGUACCUAUUGUGCAUAGAACAAGUUAGUCUUCGUUAUUUAUAGUUUUGAAUUGAUGUCAGGGGUUUUUCUUGCAGCUGCCUCCUUUCACUCCACAAAACUGCAAGUUCUCCAAAGGCAGGGGCUGUCUCCAUAUUUUUCUCUUUUCCCUGGAGUUUAAGACAGAAUGAGGCUAGCUGUAUAAUACCUAACUAGAUCUCCAGAGUACUGAGUUUAUAGUCUCUUACUCAAAAUGAAGACAAGGAAUCUUUAGACCCCUAUAUUAGUUUGUUAGGGCUGCCAGAACAAAUACCACAGAGUGGGUGUCUUAAACAACAGGAAUUUCUU